AUGAAGCUCUACGUCGCCCUCACCUCCCUGCUCCUGAGGGCCACCAGGACAGCCGGGCAGGCAUCACCUGGCCUGCCGAUGGUCAUCAACACAUGGGGCGGCCCCUUCACAGCCGCCACCGACACGGCCUACCUGUCCCUGGUCGCCACCUCCGCAACCGCCCUCGACGCCGUGCAGAUCGGCUGCGCCACCUGCGAGCGCAACCAGUGCGACGGCAGCGUCGGCUUCGGCGGCUCGCCCGAUGAGAACUGCGAGACAACGCUCGACGCCAUGAUCCAGGACGGCACCACCAUGAAGUCCGGAGCAGUCGCAGGCCUCAGACGCGUCAAGGACGCCAUCGCAGUGGCCCGGCUGGUGCUCGACUACACCGAGCACACCCUCCUCGCCGGCGACCUGGCGACCGAAUUCGCUGUGGGAUUCGGCGGCUUUGCCGAGGAGAACCUGACCACUGCCGACAGCGCGGCGAAGUGUGAUGAGUGGAGGGCUGCGGGGUGCCAGCCCAACUACCGCGCUGGGAUCCUGGUGCCGGACGCGAGCACGGCGUGUGGGCCGUACGUGCCUGCUGCUCCGAGCAGCGCCGCGACGUCGGUGAUUGCGACUAGGGAGGUGGAGCUCAAGACGAGGAGGUCGACCGCGUAUGAGGCGUCGGCGGGGAGGUCGCAUGACACAAUCUCAAUGAUUGCGAUCCACGUGGACGGGACGAUGGCUGCUGGAACGUCAACCAAUGGUGCAUCGCACAAGGUUCCCGGGCGCGUAGGUGACGGACCCAUCACGGGCAGCGGCUCGUAUGUUGAUGGAGAGGUGGGCGGCUGCGGUGCGACAGGUGAUGGCGAUAUCAUGAUGCGCUUUCUGCCCUGUUAUCAGGCCGUGGAGAGCCUGCGGCGGGGCAUGACGCCCCAGGAGGCUGCUGAGGAUGCUGUCUCGCGGAUGGUCAAGAAAUACCCGGCAGCAGCGACGGGCAUCGUGGUGGUCAACAACCAGGGCGAGCAUGGCGGUGCGGCAUCCGGGUGGACCUUCACGUAUGCCUACAGAGGCGGCACGAUGAAUGGUACGGAAGUCGUCACGGUGCCUCCGUUGUCAACAUAA